AUGAGGUAUCGCAGGACGCAGGGACACACGGACUCCGCCGCCGCCGCAGAGAGAGAUCACCGCGCCGUCGCACCGAUGAAACCGGGAGGAGUGUGCGGUCCUGAGGGGUCCCCGGAGCGCCCCGAGGCACCCGCGGCAAUGGGCCGACAGAAGAUGAUGGAGACCGGGACGGGGACGGCCCGGAGUCGGAGCCCGUGUCCGCCUCUUUUCCUGCUGCUCCUUCUCGGAAGCAGCUGCCACAUGUUGCACGGACAAGGUGUUGAGAAGGAGGUGGGAGACGGAGGGAUGGUGUGGCUGCAGAGUCAGCUCCUUUCCGAGCUGCCGCACUCUCCUCGCUCCCUGGCGGCCGGCCUCAACGACUCCGACUCCCGCUCCGUCCUCCUGUCCUGGCUGCGGCCCUUCGACGGGAACUCCCCUCUCCUCUACUACCUUCUGGAGCUCUCUGAGAACAACUCACCGUGGAAGGUCUACCUAUCGGAGGUCGAUCCGGUGCUGACCGAGGUGUCGGUGGGCGGGCUCACGCCUGCCAGGACCUAUCAGUUCAGGCUUUGUGCCGUCAAUCAAGUGGGCCGGGGUCAGUACAGCGCCGAGACGCAGAGAUUGAUGCUGAGGGAGGAGGCACCCAGCGCUCCCCCGAAGAAUAUUGUGGCCAGUGGACGGACGAACCAGUCCAUCAUGGUCCAGUGGCAGCCUCCGCCCGAGCUCCAGCUCAACGGAGUCCUCCGAGGAUACGUGCUACGGUACCGUCUGGCAGGGCUGCCGGGGGACUACCAGGAGAAGAACAUCAGCAGCCCGGAGACCAACUACUGUCUGCUGAAAGACCUGAUCAUCUGGACCCAGUACCAGAUCCAGGUGGCUGCCUUCACUGGGGCCGGCCUGGGCGUCUACAGCAGCUCGGUCACUGAGUACACGCUGCAGGGAGUUCCCACAGCACCUCCGCAGGAAGUGGAAGUUUUAGCUAUCAACUCCACGACCAUCCGCUUCACGUGGAACCCUCCGCCUCAGCAGUUUAUUAAUGGCAUCAACCAGGGGUACAAGCUGCUGAUCUGGCCCGAGCAGACUCCGCAGGACGUCGUCGUGGUGACCAUCACCCCGGACUACCCCGGUUCGCGCCACACGGGGUUAGUCGGCGGGCUCAAGAAGUUCACCUGGUACUUUGGCUCCACCCUCUGCUUCACCACGCCUGGAGACGGCCCCCGGAGCCCGCCCACUAUGCUGCAGACGCACGAGGACACACCUGGACCUGUUCGCCACCUGAGCUUCACGGAAAUCUUGGACACGUCGCUCAGAGUCAGCUGGGCGGAUCCCGCAGACAAGAACGGCAUCAUCAUCGGCUACGUGUUGUGGUGGGAAGUUUCUGGCGCAGAGUCGAGUCGUGAGGAACGUUCGCUGUCAAACUCCACCCUGCAGUACCAGCUGACCGGACUCACCUCCACCACCGCGUACACGCUGCAGGUGGCAGCGCUCACCGCCGCGGGGCGGGGCGUGGUCACGCCCUCCACCAUCUCCACCGGAGUCCCGCCAGAACUUCCUGGUGCGCCAUCUAAUUUAGUCAUCUCCAACAUCAGCCCCCGGACCGCAACACUUCGGUUCCGCCCCGGUCUUGAUGGCAAGACGGUCAUAUCACGAUGGAUCGUAGAAGGCCAGGUAGUGAAGGAGGAUGGACAGGAGGAGGCGUGGAGAGUUGUCUACGAGAAAGAAAACCAGCCAGAUGCCGACACGCUGGAGAUCCCCGACCUCACGCCGUUCACCCAGUACAGGUUCAGGAUACGCCAGGUGAACAUUGUCGGCUCCAGUGCGAUGAGCGCCCCCUCCAGGCGGAUUCAAACCCUGCAGGCUGCCCCUGACACGCACCCCUCUAACCUCACCCUGCUGUCUGCCACACAGACCAGCCUGCGCUUCAACUGGAAGCCUCUUCCAGAGUCCGAGUACAACAGCAGUCCAGAGACUGUGGGGUACCGGCUGAGACUGUGGCGGACAGACGGCCAGGGGGAGGACCGGACAGAGGAUGUGGAGAGAGCAGGGGGCGCCAGUGAGACCACGGUAGAGGGCCUGAAUCCCUGGACCCAGUACCAGGUUCAGAUACAGGCCUACAACUCCAUCGGACCUGGACCGUGGAGCGACACGGUCGCCGCGCUCACUGCAGAAUCUGUUCCAUCCGGCUCUCCGAUGAACGUGACUGCUGAGGCCGUGAGUUCCACCAGGAUCCUCCUCAAGUGGUCCACUCUCCCUCAGGCACAGAAGAACGGAGUCAUACUUGGAUACAAGGUGCUGUACAGCGAAAAGGACUCCGAAGGCCCCCCCGGCGUGCAGGUGGCAGAAGGAGAGGGGAGGGUAACGCUGCUGCUCGGGGCGCUCCAGAAAUACUCGGUGUACGUGCUGCAGGUGCUGGCGUACACGCGGAUGGGCGGCGGCCCGCAGAGCCACCCCAUACUGCUCCGGACCAAAGAAGAUGUCCCAGGACCCCCUGUCAGGAUGGUGUUUCCAGAAGUUCGGUUGUCUUCCGUUAGGGUGGUUUGGCAGCCACCCACGAACCCCAACGGCAUCAUAUUAGGCUACCAGAUCUCGUACUGCCUGGACAGCAGGGACCCUCAGCGGUGGACCACGGUGGAGGUGGGCUCCAACGCGCGCCAGUUCACCGUCACGGGACUUUCCCCCGAGCAGGCCUACGUUUUCCGGCUCACCGCUCGCACCGCCGUGGGCUGGGGCGCGGAGCAGGAAGCCCUGGUUGUCACCACUGAACGCAGAGAGCGCCCCGAGCCGCCCAGGAAGUUGUCCGCUCCUCAGGACGGCGUUGAAUCUCGCCAUCUCCGCCUCCACUGGGUGACGGGGGGCUCGGGUUCCUCGCCGCUGAGGUACUUCACUCUGCAGGCCAAAGAGCUGCCCGGCGGGGACUGGAACACACACACGGCUGACAUCCCGCAUAACGUGACCACCUGGACCGUUGACAGGCUGAAGCCCUUUACGUCAUACAAGUUUCGGAUGCUGGCCACCAACGAUGUAGGAGACAGUGUCAUCGGCAAAGAGACGGAGGCGGUUACAACUCUACAGGAUGUGCCUGACGAGCCCCCAGUGAUCCUCGCGGUGAAACCAACCACCACUACCUCCGUCCUGGUGCAGUGGAAGCGGCCCGAUGACGACGGUAUCAAUGGGGUGUUGACCGGGUACCGGCUGUAUUACAGAGAGCUCUCGGUAAACACCUCCACUUUAGCUGAAGCGGAGGUCCAGGCAACCAAGAACAACACCACGAGUGCCCUCGUUACAACCAAGAGCACGUUCAAGACGGUGAGCAGCGCCUCGCUGACCGAGUUUGAGUUGACGCAGCUGAAGAAGUUCAAACGCUACCAGAUUGUCAUGACCAGCUACAACAUCGUCGGAGAGAGCCCGCCCUCCUCGCCAGUGGAGGUGUCGGUUGGAGAAGCCGCUCCCUCGGUGGCCCCUCAGUCUAUCAGAGUGUCAGCUGUGUCUCCCUCCAUCCUGGAAGUAACCUGGGACACCCCCCCUCUCGAGACCCAGAAUGGACUCAUCCAAGGAUACAAGAUCCACUACUGGGAGAGGGACCAGCAGAACCAGAGUGAGAAGGUCAAGGUGAUCUUCGUCCCGGACACCCGCGUGCACCUCACCAACCUGACCAGCUACACGCCUCACCUGGUCACCCUGACCGCCUUCAACACGGCUGGAGACGGCCCGCCCAGUGACCCCCGCGGGGCCCGCACCCUGCAGUCCGCUCCCAGCAAGCCCAGCUACCUGUCCUUCACCGAGGUGACGGGAGGAAGCCUCAACGUGUCCUGGGGAGCUCCGCUCACGCCUAACGGACAGCUGGAGGGCUACCGGGUCGUCUACCAGCCCACCGCUCCCGUGCAAGGAGUCAGCAAAGUGGUGACAGUGGAUGUGCGGGGCAGCUGGCAGAGAUGGCUGAAGGUUCGAGACCUCGUCAAAGGAGCGACGUACGCCUUCAGCGCCCAGGCGCUGACCGUCAGCUACGGACCGCCGAUACAGGCCAACAUCAGCGCUCAGCCAGUUCAAGGCUCCCCUGGGUCUCCGGUGGAAAUGUCCAUCACCAAGACGUCCGCCGCGCUCGCUGUCCACUGGUCAGAAGGAGAAAUGGGGGCGUCGCCGAUCACCGGCUACGUCAUGGAGGCGCGGCCGUCGGAUGAAGGAGUGUGGGAUUCCUUCAUCAGACUCCUCCCCCCCAGCAGCAGGUCUGUUUCCGUCCCACUGGAGCGCCUGAGGUCUGGGAUCAGCUACGAGUUCAGAGUCAUCGCUGUUAAUCGCUAUGGUUACGGACAGCCGAGCACACCCUCUGCUGCUCUCGCUGCGCUGUCGGAGCGCCCCUUCUACGAGGAGUGGUGGUUCCUGCUGGUCAUGGCUCUGGUGGGACUCAUCCUCAUCCUGGUGGUGGUCUUCACGCUGCUGCUGCAUGGACACAGCAGCAAGUACAAGGCCUGUGGCACAGGGAAGCACGCGUCCACAGCGGAGGAGUCGGUAACCCUGGACAACGGAGGUUUCACCGCUUUGGAGCUCAACAGUCGGACGCUCAACACCAAGAACUCCUACCUGAAAAAGAACGGCACCAGGUCUCCUCCCAGGCCGAGUCCGGGUGGUCUUCACUACUCCGACGAGGACAUCUGUAACAACUAUAACGGAGCCGUGCUCACGGAGAGCACCACGCUCACGGAGAAGCCCACCGAGGUCUCUGAGUCAGAGUUGACGGACAGCGACUACGAGGACGAGCAGCCCAAGCACUCCUUCGUCAACCACUACAUGAGCGACCCCACCUACUACAACUCCUGGAAGCGGCAGCCCAAGAGCCUCAAGCCCGUCGGCGCCCCCUUUGGCUACGAGGAGUGCGCCACCGCGGACACGGAGCCCUACUACCAGACGGUGGUCACCCAGCACAGCACAGGCGGCGCGUACACGCCCACGGGGCAGCCCGCGCACACGCACGUCAACCCCAACACCAACCCUCCCCCGGGGUCACGCACCCCCGUGACGGGGUUCUCCUCGUUCGUUUGACUCUGGAGACAAAAAAAAAUCUGCACAAAAUGAUACACACACACACACGUACACAAAAUGAAGGAGGGGGGGGGGCGGGGGUUGGACUUAAGGACAUAGAACCGAAGGGGAGGAGGCGACGAGGAGACAAGGAGACGUGGGACGGACUGGUGACGAAAAGGCCCCUAAUGCCCCAAAAAACUAGACUCGCACUUCUCACCCGCCUUCUCCCCUCACAAAGAAUCCUCACUGCGUCGACGAGUGUGUGUGUGUCGUCCUCCUAUUCUUUUAAGCCUCCGUGUCACUGUGCUUACCCAAGUUUCUACACACACACACACACACACACACACACACACACACACACACACACAUUCACAGCGGCGUGCACCACCAGACCUCCAUGCCUGUUCCAGGGACUCUCUCUCUCCGACGAGCCUGCGCGGGGGCCCGAUGGAACGUGGAGCUUCUGCACAACGCUUGGUCUCCGUUUCCCUGUAUUUACACUGAAGUGCACAAAUCCACACGCGGGGA